AUGCUACUGAAAAAUGAACAAAAAGAAUUAGAAGAGUUAAUAGCACUUUUAGAACUCUUUGCACAAAUGACAGAAUUAAUUAAAGGAUCAUAUUAUUUAAUACUAAAUGUUUGUUAUCAAAUUGAGGAUUCUAUACCUACUCAUUAG